UCUCCGAAGCGAACGAAUCAGAAAAAUCUGUGCAUAGAAAAGGACACAUUCGUCAUAUAAUCACCCCGAUAUAUAACGCAGUAUUGCGCAGCAAUAUAGGAUGGAUGCGAGUGUACAGUUUUAAAGAAUUUUCUGACGAAAGAUGCGGAGCAUUUAGCAACGGUUAGCGGCAGCAAUAUUGCCCCGUUCGUUCUGACUCCACGGCAGCCUGUACGGUAGAGAAUAUGUAUAUAUCGGUGUGCGUGCACAAGUAGUCAGUGUGGUGUGCCUAUUCGAUGCAAUAAAAUCGUUGUCGGUCAUCGGGGCAUCUAACCCGUUCGGUAACGUGUCGUCGGAGUGUCGAAGAAAGGUCGCGAACCUCGGUAAGAUUGUUCGAGAAGCCUGUGUACGAAAGCACGUUGAGAAGAUCAAAGACGAGAGGUGGACAAUAUUCUGCGAAAAGCCUCGGUAAAAUGGCGGUGAUCGGUACUCCGAUUGGCGCUAAGCGAUAGAAGAGGAUCGCGCUCUGUUCACGCUCUCGCUAGUUUUGUUUUGAUCCAGUUCGAUAGAUACGUUUACGGGGAGUGCUCGACUCUCGUCACAUUUCAAAUCAUUCGGUUUCAUUUCGUCGCAUCCCUAUCCAGCGCCGUGCGAAAUUAACGCAAGCGUCCCGUGGAACGGAGAGAUAAUACCCACGAUAUCCUACGCAUACAAUAUAUCCAGCCGAGGACGAUCAAGGUGGUGGUGGGCAACCACCAGCGGAACGGUUUUCGACGGCCGUGAUGCCGCAUCGUUCCGACCUCGAAUUCGUCGAGAGGCCAAACGACAAGGACGACUCCGUUCAAUCCUUGUCGGCUUAUCUAUAGAUUUUAAAUUCGCAGAGGUAACUUUCAUCUACCAAAAUGAAAAUUGAUCGGAAUAGAUUGAGAAAAUACACCUCGGAAGCGCCGGCAAAAUGUCAGGCGCUUAUAAACAAGCUACGCUCAUGCUCCCAUGCAGAAUUGCUAGAGGAGCUGAAGCAGAUAGACGCUUGGACGUUCGGUAAAUGCGAACUGUUUCAUUGGGUCGACGUGUUGGAUCUUAGCGACAGCAUUUUAGAAGAAGCUGCAGCUAAGAGUCCGGACAAUCCAUGGGAAUUGGCCUGUGAUCUCCCUCAGAAUAGAGAGGCGAAAGAACUUCUCCUCUGGGUCCUUCAUCUUACGACGUUGUUGAUCGAACAUUCGUAUUCGCGACAUCUGUACAACAGCAUGGAACACUUGGUGACUCUGUUAUCGAGCUGCGACAUGCACGUCGUUCUUGGUGUAUUGAACAUCCUUUACAUGUUUAGUAAACGUAGCAAUUUCAUUGCGCGUUUAAACAGCGACAAGAGGCAAGCUUUACUGAGCAGACUCACUCUCUUGGCAGAGAGUUGGGGCGGUAAAGAAAAUGGAUUCGGCUUAGCAGAAUGUUGUAAGGAAUAUCCGGAUAAGCCGCUUCCAGCGAGUGCCACGACGUUGCACUUCGAAUUUUACGCGGAAAAUCCGACAACGGACACGAACGCCACGUCGACCAGUGGUGGUACGAAGAAAUCUGGGCAAACGAACUUUGUAACGUGCAUACACAUAGAGAACGUGGAUAAACUUGGGAAGACUCCGGCACAAAUCAUGAACGAUCUUUUAAAAGUCUACAACGUUCCGCUGGAUCGACAGAUCGCGUUGUUCACCCAUAUAAGACUGGCACACAGCUUCUCCGAUUACCGAAGACGACUGCAAUGCGUCCACGCUCGGUUGCAAGCGUUGUCGAUACUUGUAUAUAAUAGCGAACUCGAGGAGAAUGCGCACAGUUUGCUGCAUCCUGGGCUUCUAGAAGAAUUAGUCGAAUUACUGGAACUUCCACACGCACAUCUCGUCGAACUGCGCGCGGCAGCACUACGAACUCUGACCAGCAUCAUCCACCUGGAUCGCAAUCCCCAUUCCCCGAAGAAAUCUAGCUCGAGGCUGAACAUGAUAAUCGACGUUACCGGCGCAAACUCCUACCACGGAUUUUUUCCCGUGUUAAUUCGCACCUGUAUCUCGCAACUGAUUUCCCCGCAACCCGACGGGCAGCCCUUCCCGCUGACCCUCGCCACGGCGUUGUUCAGCUUCCUCUAUCACCUCUCCAGCUACGAAGCCGGCUGCGAGGCUCUCGUCAGCUGCGGGAUGAUGGAGAGCCUGUUAAAGAUCAUGAACUGGCCUGGCAGCGAAUUCGAACACCUGACGUUCGUGACCAGAGCGGUACGCGUAAUAGACUUGAUAACGAACAUAGAUAUGCAAGGGUUCCAAGCUCACGGCGGCCUACAGAGCUUCAUCAAUCGGCUCGAUAUGGAGGUGAACGUCUGUAGAAAGGAACAACCGUUCGAGAUCGAGCCGAUGCAUUAUCAGCAGGAGAAUCCGCAGACCUCUCGCGAGAGAUCUAUGGAACGCGACGAGAAUUCCACAUCCUCGCGUGCUUUCGACGAACGCGAGGAAUCCUCGAAUCCCAUGGAGUUCUCAGAGGACGAGAACAUGAGCUCGAAAACGGACGAGAAGAACGAGCAGAUUCCGGACUACUCGGGUGGGAAGACUGGGAAAAUUUGUCUGCCGCAACGCGUCACGCUCUUGAAAGCUAUAUUGAAUUUCAUCAAGAAGAUCAUCCAGGAUCCAACGUUCUCCGACAGCAUCAGGCACGUGAUGGAGGGAACUCUGCCAUCCUCGCUGAGACACAUAAUCAGCAAUUCGGAGUAUUACGGUCCGUCUCUGUUUCUCAUUGCGACGGAUGCGGUCACGGUGUACGUGUUCCAAGAGCCGUCCCUGCUGUCGUCCCUGCAGGACAACGGACUGACCGAUCUCGUCCUACACGCCUUGCUCAUCAAAGAGAUUCCCGCCAGCAGGGAGGUUCUCGGAUCUCUGCCGAACGUGUUCAGCGCUCUGUGUUUGAAUCAACGUGGACUGGAGUCGUUCGUGAAACGUCGCCCCUUCGAACGGUUGUUCAAGGUGUUACUGUCCCCAGUUUAUCUGCCCGCGAUGAAUCGACGCCGGAGCACAGAUCCUCUGGGCGAUACAGCCUCGAAUCUGGGCAACGCUAUGGACGAGUUGAUGAGACACCAGCCGAGCUUGAAAGCCGACGCGAUCGCUGCUGUGAUAAAGUUACUCGAAGAGCUCUGCGUGUUGGGCUGCGAUCCUCGUAACAUCUGCUUGCAAGCCGAGGUGAAGUUCGAGAAUUCUCAGUCGAACGCGACUUCCGGGACUCGUCAAUCCUCCACCAGAGUCGGGGAGCUGCAGCACUCGGUCGGUGUCGGGGAUUCGGCUGGAAGCGGAAGAGGCGGAAGUGGAAGUAGCAGCGACGAGGAGGAAGAGGACGAAGAGGAAGCUAGUACGAGCUCUCAUUCGCAGCGGGAAGAACAGUGUUCGUCGGCUGCCAGCCAACCCGUUCCUCCGCCUCAGCCUAGAGAGAAGACUCCGAUAGCGCUAAUGGAAUACAUACAGAACGUCACGAAGUUCGUCGACGCCAUUCUCAGUAACAAUUCGACCGACGAUCACUGCAGAGAAUUCGUCGCCCAGAAAGGUCUCGUGCCGUUGCUGUCGAUUCUCGGUUUACCUAAUCUCCCGGUAGACCACUCGGUCGCGCAAACUGCUCAAGCCGUGGCCAACGUUUGUAAGAACAUCUUGAACCUCGCGCACGAACCGUUGGUUCUGAAGACCGGUUUGUCCCAGCUGAACGAAGUGUUGUAUCUGCUGAAGCCGUUGUACAGUUACAUGGAAGCCCCUGGGGGAUCCGUUCUGUUGCACGAGCUCGUCUCCGCGCCGAAUCUGGAAACGGCUUUUACCAGUGACACGGCGACUCCCCUGCUCCACGCUAUGAACGCUGCUUACGGGUACAUAAUAAUGUUCACGCAGGUGUGCCGUACUAGCCAGGGUGAGAUCAGGAAUCUGGCUAUGAACCAUUGGGGUUCGGAGCUCGGGCUCACCGUUCUGAAACGUCUCUCGGAACUGUACACUGCUCUGAUCUGGGAGAGCACGGCUCUGUUAGCGUUGACCACGGAAGACUUCAUCCCAGCUGGAUGCGAGUUCGGGAAGGAGGACAUGAACAAACUGUUGCGUCCCGAGUCGAAGAACGAAGGCGAGAGUUCUCGUUGGUCCGCCGGCACAUCGUCGGACAUGGGAAGCAACGGAAUGACCACGGCGAUGGAAGCUUUGAGCACAGAUCCGCCGCCUGUACCUAUGGAGGUGGAUCAGGAGAAACCGGCAGCCAGCAGCACGGGAAGAGUGUCUCCGAACUCCCAUCGGCUCACGUACCCUAAACACUUGCUGGGACUGACGUCGAAAAUGGGUAGGGCGUUGGCAGAGUUAUUCGCGUUGCUCGUAAAACUUUGCGUGGGUUCGCCGCUCAGACAGCGCAGAGGACAGCAGAUGCCACCGAUAUCGACCCUCCCUUCACAAGCAUCGCGAAGCGUGGCGACCGCCCUGAAUUGGGUACUGAUUCGCGGAUUAUCUUGGGACAAGUUACCGCCGUCCACCGUGCCCAAGCUCGACGUAACGUUCCUGAUGUGCACCCUAAGUUUCGUCUCUCCCGCGCUGUUCGACGAGAAGGGAUAUCCGUAUCAUCUGAUGCUUCAGAGAUUCGUCAAGUUAGGCGGGCAGAACGCGUUCUUCGCCACUUUCCAUUGGGUGCUGUCCGGAGGAGGACAGUUCCCGCUGUCCGAAGGUCUGGAACAUCCGAAUUUACCGGACUGUACCGGUGAGUUCCUGGACGGUUGGUUGAUGAUCCUGGAGAAGAUGGUGAAUCCCAAGACCCUGUUGGAUUCCCCAUACGCCGUCUCAUCCAAGUGCCCAGGAAUGUUCGAAGUUUACCAAGCGUUCGAUCCGAUAAAAUAUCUGACGGACAUUCACAAGGAAGCCUUCGACGCGGUGAUGCUGAUGUGGGGAAAGAAACCGUUGAAGAACUACGGUGUUCACAUGACCGAGCUCAUUCUGUCCAUCUUACGACACAUUCUCCGGAGCGAACAGAUUAUCAAAGAGCACGCCGAGAAAGAGGAGACCAGCGAGGGCGGCGGUGUCAGCGGUAGCACGAGCAGCAGUACCAGCGGAAUCGGGAGAGCUGGCCCGAUAUCCGAUCGGAGAGAAGAACCCGAAGCGGACGUGAACCCGGAGCACCUGAGGCAAUUGAUGGACAUGGGAUUCAGCAGGACUCACUGCAUCGAAGCUCUGCUUCACACGUUGACGGUCGAGCAGGCCACGGAUUAUUUGUUGAGCAAUCCCGCUACGUUGCGGAGAUCCGACGUGCCGGCGGGCGAUGUCAGCGGACAAGAUUUGAUCAUGGAUCUGGAACUGGUGGACGACGAUCAAAUAAUGCACGCGAUAGCGAUGUCGCUCGGAGAGACCUCGACGCCGAAGGUUUUCAACGCGGAGGAACGAGACAGACGCGAGACCACCGUCACCGUUAGAGAGAACAUUGACAAGUUCACGCAAAACGCUUUGAGCCAGUGCUUGAACCUGCUCGAUCUGAUGCCGGACACCGUGUAUCGAAUCUGCGACUUGCUAGUAGCCAUCGCGAAGAGAAACGGGGACGAGUGGCGCGACAACAUGCUGCGACAACUCAUGAAGGAGAUCGGCGAUCUGGUAGAUUACUUGGUGGAGGUCGCGGAGAGCCAAGAUCCGAACGCUGGCGCGAAAUUGGUAGAGUGCAAAGAGGCAAACAAAGUGACGGGACGUAUCUAUCUGUACACGAUGUUCUUCGAAGGAACGUUCCAAGAGAUGCGCGUGCCCUGCGCCCAGGUCGUCGAGGAGUUCGCUAUCCUGAACAAACUGGUGCGCCUGUUGGUGGUCAGCGAGGGUCCUCUCACGGCGAACAAGAACAGAAUCGUGAAGGAGGGUGGCAAGGACACACCGUCCGCGAAGACACCCAAGUGGCUCGCACCUUUGCUCUUGCUGAUAGAGCGUUUGGAGAAGGUCGCGAUACUGACCAAGAGAAAAGAGACGAUGUACAAAGUGACGACUAGAAUGUGGAAAUGGUUCGACUUGAGUACGGGCAAAUGGAACUUGUAUUUCCCGGUGAACAACCGAAUGAUCAACGAUGCGUACUGGGCCGGCGAGCCUAGCGUUCGAGUAACGUGCAACAGACGAAAGUACGUGAUCAACUUCUCGUGUAUGACUCAAGUGAACGAGGACAGCGGCACCAAAAGACCGGUCACCAUGGGCUUCAAGCUGCACACCGCGAACGAGAACGACGAAUCCGCUUCCGAUUCGAACAUGGACACCGACGAGAAUCGGGAGGAGAAGUUCGGCACCGGUCUACGAGGACUGGAUCCGAGCAUGGCUCCUGGCAUUAUACGCGCCUGUGUAAGGCUGAUGGCGAUUCCGGUCGAUCGAGACGCCCUGCACGCUUCCAUGAAAGUUUGUCUACGGCUGACGAGAGACUUCGAGAACGCCGAGGUUUUCGUUCAAGAGGGUGGCGUUAAACUUCUACUGGAGAUGUCUCAGUCGAGCAGCUUCAUGGGAUGCAUCAGCCUCUGCACGCUUCUGAUCAGGCACACUCUCGAGGAGCCGGGAACUCUCGCGGUGGCUAUGGAGAAAGUGAUACGUGGCCGCACCCAGGCCAACAUCCCCCCGGCGUGCAAGGAGAUCUUGUUCAUGACCCGACAGAUCAACAGCGCCGUUUGUCGAAACCCGGAGGUAUACAGAGAAAUUUGUGAGCACAUCUUGAGAGUCGACAUCCGUCUGUUGGGGAAAGAAGACGACGACAAUAGAUUGAUCGUGAAGGCGCUUCCGUCGGCUCGCCCGUUAGUAAUGCCGAUAGUCGAGAAAUCGUCGAUAUCCGUUGUGAAAGAUCUGUUGAACGCUCUUGUGAAACCGAUGCCGGUUAUCCCCGACGAGAAGUCCUCUACACCGACGAGAAGCCCGGAAAAGAAAACGAGGAACGACUAUUCCGGGAACGCGGGAAGCAGUCUGUCUUCCCGGCGGGACGGUCUCAGGAAUAACUCGACGACGACCACGGCUACGACAACGACCACGACUUCGACGACGAACGAGACCAUCGACGAGGAGGACCAAGUUUCCCAGAUAAUACCGAUGAAGAUUUACCCGGAGAGCAGCAACAACGCGACUAAAGUGGAACCGGAGGAGACGAAGAAACCGUUGUUGGCGAAAUCGGCUAUUUUAAACAUACUCGCCGAGGCUGUCCGCUCGUACAGCGGGGUCGCGAGCUUGAUCACGGAACACGUGUAUCGCGCGGGACAGAGCGAGAUGGUGCCCGAGUAUACCUCGGCGCUCGCUUUCCUUCUGGACAAACUCUUACCGAUGUCGCCGGAAAACUCGAGCGACAGGCAAUGCAGCAGUAUGACCAAGACGCUGAUAAACGCUAUCGCCUCGUGCAACUAUUCUCACGAGGUUCAAACGACCUUGGUGACCGAAGUGAAAGCGGCCUUGUCGAGAACCCUGGCUCUUCCCGAGAGCUCGGAGAAGCAUGCACAGAUACAGCUGUUGGUCGGUCUGAUCUCCACGAUGAUCGAUCAUUGCCCACCGGCCUCGCACAAUCAAUUGAGAACGUCUUUAAAGAUACAUCAGCACAACAACGUGAACCAUAUCGUCAGGAUCAUGUUGAGAAAAGGAAUAAUCACGGAUUUGGCAAAGAUCCCGCACAGCCUGGACCUCUCGAGCCCGAACAUGGCUGCUACUAUUAACGCGGCCCUCAAGCCGCUGGAGACACUCUCCAGAAUCAUAAAUCAACCGAUGCCGGGCGCUGUGAACAAUAAAUUCGCCAAACCGAAGAGCAGAACCGUCCAAGAGGAACCGAUCGGGGAACAAACGGGAACCACCACGUCGGAGACGACGCAUGCCGUUGGCGAGGAACCGAACGAGGACGCGGAGAACACAGAACACGACAUAUCUGUGACCGCGGAGAGCCUCGAGCCAACCUCGGAGAGUCAACUCCACGAGGCCGAAGCUGCUCUGGAGGACAUAAUGGAUCAGCUUCUCGAGAGUGUGCUGUUUUCCAGGAACGGUUCCGGCGUGGCGGAAGAUCAAUCCUCUCGACCGCACAGGCCAAUGGACAUCGACGAAGAGAGCCUCGCCAUCCGUGACGGGGAAGCUGAUUUCGAUCCGACCCGUGAUGCCACGGAGGAUUUGAUAAGUUCCGAUUCAGAUUCCGACAGCAAUCCGUCCGAUGACAACGAGGACGAGGUGCAAGACGACGAGGACGAGGAGGAAGAGGAGGAAGAUGGUGAAGAGAACGAGGAGGAGGAGGAGGAAGAAGAGGAGGAAGGGUCCUCGAAUUACGAGGAGGAUGGAAUAGAGUUCUACGAAGACGUGGGCGAGAGCGGUGUAUUCCGAAUGAUUCCAUCGACGGAUCGCGACGGUAGCAGCGUCGUAAUGAUUCGUCAUAACAUCGAUAAUCAGGACAACGUGAAUUCUUCUACCACGGUCGCACCUCGUUCCAGUCUUCCAUGGAGUACAACGUUUCCUCUUCCGUUGGGCUUGUUCGAGAAUCCACCGUCAAUUUCCGAAAGCAGCGGUAUUCACUCCCAUUCUCUGCUGAUAUCGCAAGGCGGUUUGGACACUGCCAACGCGAGAGCUCAGAGAACCGUGCGACCACGAAGGUAUCAGUAUCUCCAGAUACCGAAUCCACGCAAUCCGAAUCCACCGGUAAUAUUGCAAAGGCUCUUGGGACCAGCUGCACAAACGAUCCCUCUGUCCGCCAGUCAAGUUCUGGCUUCGAGUUUCCGAGAUACGCGCGUCGUCGUAAUGGAUGGAGUCGGUCUGUUGACGAAUCAAGAAGAAGAGCAAAUAGAUUUCGUUGACCAAUCCGGCUAUCUUUUUGGCUCCAGCCUCGCAACGACCGUGAACAACAUCCCAACGGCGUUGCACUGGUGGAUCGAGGAGAGUAAACUGUUAGAUGGGGAUUCACAGACGGAUUGUUGUGUCGCUGUCGUGCGUGAAUUGAUUCCUGGAUUGGAGAAACGCAGGAACGCCGAAUUGGGAGAACGACGAGAAAGACGUAAGAUGCAGUACGCUUCGGAGAAGAAAGCUGAAAAGGAUAACAAAGAGACAAAGGAUCAUCUGAACAAUACGGAAUCUGGUUCUUCCACGAUAACCAUGGACGAUCAGAUAUCGAUGGCGUCGACGUCUCAGCGGGAGGAUACGAACAACUUCGUUUCUCGAUUCCAGACUUGUCUGGAGGGAAUAGAACGUACGCUCGACGAAGACAUAAUCGACGUGACCGGUGAAAUGGACGCGACGGUUCAAGAAGACGAAGUACGAACUUCGCCUACGCUGCUGGUAGAACAGCCACCGGAGCCCAGAGAUCCUCGAACCAAUCGAAAUCCAUUGGAAUUCGCUGAAAGCAUAGUAGAUUCCGUCCUCGGACCUUGCGCGUCCGAAGCAACCAGACUGAGGCAAACUGAACGUACCGUCGAAGGGUCGAACGUUAACGAAGCAACGAGUCGUCCGAACACCUCUAUAAUCGUCGACUUCAGUCAAGAACCUAACGAGGACAUACUGAGAGAAGGUGAUUCGUCCGAUUGGAUAAGAAUCUUUACGGAUGACAAUCAGACGAAUGCCGAGCGAAAUGCGAAUAUUCUUAAUCAAGGACCUACGACCUCCACGUCGGAGAGUGUGAGCGCAGAGGUACCAGAACAGCAGCAGCAGCAGCAGCAGCAACAACCACCGCCACCACCUCCGCCGACGCAGCAUCAACCGGAUCAGCCGCAACAGUUGCAAGAACAUGCUGAACAGCCGCAACAGCAGCAGUCACAGCAGGCGCAGCAGCAGCCACAACAGCAGCCGCAGCCGCAGCCGCAGCCGCAACCGCAACCGCAACAGCAGGCACAGCAGCAACCACAGCAGCAGCAGCCGCAACAGAACCAAUCUCAAGAACAGCAGCUACCAGAUGGUGUCGAUCCAUCCUUCUUAGCUGCAUUACCGGAAGACAUGCGCGACGAAGUCAUAGCCGAGCAAUUGAGGCUUCAACGAAUUCGUCAACGAGCACAAGCCACCGUCGAAGUAUUAACGGGCCCGGUCGAAGUGAACCCAGAAUUCUUAGCGGCUCUACCACCGGCGAUCCAAGAAGAAGUUCUGGCGCAACAGCGUUUGGAACAACAACGACACGCAGCCGCGAGCGCUAAUCCGGAGGAUCCGGUUGACGCAGCUGCGUUCUUCCAGAAUUUACAGCCUUCCCUUCGGCAAGCGAUUUUGACCGACAUGGAGGAAUCGCAAAUAUCUGUACUUCCUCCGGAUCUGGCCCAAGAAGCUCAGAAUCUUCGAAGGGAAUGGGAAGCUCGAAAUCGACACAUAAUUCAGGAUCGUUUUCUCACUCACGUUAGCCACGGAAAUGCUGCCUUGUCUAGUAUACUGCGAAACCCUGGUAGAGGUAGAGGUGGUGGAACGCGUUAUGCGAUUCAUACGGUAGCACAAAGAGGAUGGCCGUCGUUUACACGUGGUGAUCCUAGCAUAACGCAUCACGGAGCAGGUCUACGACUCAGAGGCAGACAAUUGUUGGAUCAUGAGUCGAUGGCUUGCAUAUUGGUAUUACUGUUUGUUGAUGAACCAAAAAUUUAUACGUUAAGGCUUCAUAAAGUUAUCAGGAAUCUUUGCUAUCACGGUAGCACAAGGGAAUGGGUAGUUAGAGCCUUACUAAGUAUCAUGGAACGAAGUAACGAUGAGAACAAAGAUAUAGCCAUGGAUUUUGGCGGAAAGUUUCGAAGGAAAAGUUUGGUGCCAAUGAUGCACCACGACUACUGCGCCCCGAAGAUCUUUGACCAAAGAAGCAACGCACAAUCGUGGCUGAACAUCAGUAUUGACGCUGCACUCGGAUGUAGAGCGAACGUUUUCCACGUCGUGAGGCACGGUGGUAAAAAGUCGGAGAGGCAAGGCAGCAGUAUCGCUAUCCAUCCGCAAGCGGCACCGACGGUCUGCAGGCACACACUGGAAUUACUUGUAUUCUUGGCUAAGAGCUUCCCUGGCUAUUUCGUGCCGAUCAAAUCUAAAGAGUCCGACGAAAAGGAAAGUAACAAGGAGAGAGACUCUGGCAAUAAAGAGGAGACCGUUUCGAAGAAUAAAUCAGCGUCGAAACCGGGAAAGAGCGAUCAACCAGAUUUUUGGGACAUGUUAUUGAAGCUCGAUUCGUGUGCCUCAAAGAAGGGGAAGUCGGUCGCCAGGUCACACUCGAACUCGAAUUUAGGAAACGAUUCGGAACAUAGUACAACCACCUUCGAGUCCUCUGCUUUCGGUCAACUGAUCUCGAUGCUGAACUGGUCGGUGAUCAAACGCAGCAGCCAGUUGACGGACAAACUGUUGAGACUGUUGUCCCUGAUCUCGAUCGGACUGACGGAAGCGAAUCCGUAUCGCAGGCAAGAGGAGAAGAAGAACAAGAGGGCGGACAUGAACAAAGAACAGAGCGUCGCUGCGCCGGAAGAGCAUCUGAAAUUAGCCGUGCAGGUGCUGACCAGCAAGAGCUGUUCCGAGGAAGGUCUCGAAGAUGCAACGGCUCUGUUGCUCAACUUGUCUCACUGUCCCGACCCUACCAGACAAUUGAUACUGAAACUGCUGUUGGAAGGCGCCAUGGAGUUGGCGAACGUCGUCUGCGAGCACAUCAAAGAUUUAUUAAUGGAGCUGAAAGUUCUGAAUCACGAACUGAGACGGAACUCUAUCGAGGAGCAACCGUCGACCAGCACCGGUGGUCCACGCGGCGUUCUCUUAGACAGGUUUACGAACGAGAGCGUGAUCGUUACUGCGCCUAGCAAGGUGAAAGCCGGUAGCGAUCUCCAGUUACCAUCGAUGGCUGCUCUUGUUAGCAAAACUUCUAGUCAGGCAUUCUUCUUGAGAAUACUUAAAGUGAUUGUACAAAUAAGAGAAGCAGUACGUUUGGCAAACAAUAAAAAGACGCCUAAUCAAAGUUCCGAGGGCUCCGCGGACACUGGGAACACUAAUCAAGCCUCAGACUCGGGUAUAAUUUUGUUCCCUUCGUACAUACGUAGACAGACUCGGGUAAAAAUAAAUGUGUUUUUUUUAUGCUCAUUUAAAGUUCAUGCUCCCGUAGGUGAAGACAAACUUCCAUUAUUGAGCGAGAGUUUGGUACUGGAUCACUUGUGGGAAACGCUCAGCGCUUGCUUGUUAGAACUGGAAUAUACUCCUGAUCAACACGCAGUCUUGGUUCUGCAGCCCGCGGUGGAAGCAUUCUUCUUGGUACACUCGUCGUCCAGUACAUCUCGCGAUCGUCAUUCGAAUACGAACGCGGAGAACCGUGAAGUCGUCCCUGACCUGACACCCGUGUCCCCGAUAUACUCGGACAACGAGGGCACGUCCCAAUCGGAAGCGACCAUCAACACUUCUUGGGACAUGCAGCCUCCGCCACAGAAGACGCUACCGCCGGACCAGCUCAAGUUCCUUAAGUUUGCUGAAACGCACAGAACAGUGUUGAACCAAAUACUCCGUCAAACGACUACGCAUUUAGCGGACGGACCGUUCUCCGUAUUAGUGGAUCACACGAGAGUCCUCGAUUUCGACGUAAAAAGACGAUACUUCCGGACAGAAUUGGAACGAAUGGACGAAGGUAUCCGCAGAGAAGAAUUGGCAGUACACGUUCGCAGGAACAACGUCUUCGAGGACUCGUUCCGCGAACUCCAUAGGCGAAACGCGGACGAAUGGAAGAAUCGUUUCUACAUCGUGUUCGAAGGCGAAGAAGGACAGGAUGCCGGAGGAUUGCUCAGGGAAUGGUACGUCAUCAUCUCCAGAGAGAUUUUCAAUCCUAUGUACGCUCUGUUUACUGUGAGCCCUGGGGAUCGAGUCACGUACAUGAUAAACUCCUCUUCUCAUUGCAAUCCUAAUCACUUGUUUUAUUACAAAUUCGUCGGUCGCGUCAUCGCUAAAGCGAUUUACGAUAACAAGUUACUCGAGUGUUACUUCACGCGUAGUUUUUACAAACACAUUUUGGGGAUACUAGUGAAACACACCGAUAUGGAAAGCGAGGAUUACAGUUUUUAUAAAGGCCUCGUUUAUCUCACGGAGCACAAUAUCGCCGAUCUUGGAUAUGAAUUAACGUUCUCCACGGAGGUAAACGAAUUCGGUGUGAACGAUGUUCGAGAUUUGAUACCGAACGGGCGUAACAUCGUUGUUACCGAAGAAACGAAAUUAGAAUAUAUCCGGCUCGUGUGUCAAAUGAAAAUGACUGGAGCAAUUCGUAAACAAUUGAAUGCGUUCCUAGAAGGUUUUUACGACAUUAUUCCGAAACGACUGAUCUCUAUAUUCAACGAGCAGGAGCUUGAACUGCUGAUUAGUGGAUUACCUAAUGUAGAUAUUGAAGAUCUUAAAGCUAACACCGAAUACCAUAAAUAUAACGCGAACUCGUUGCAAAUUCAGUGGUUCUGGCGAGCACUGCGCGGUUUCGACCAGGCGGACAGAGCCAAGUUCUUACAGUUCGUCACUGGAACUUCGAAAGUGCCGCUGCAAGGUUUCGCUGCUUUAGAGGGAAUGAACGGUAUACAAAAGUUCCAGAUUCAUCGUGAGGACAGAUCGACAGACAGGCUUCCGUCAGCGCACACAUGUUUCAAUCAGCUAGAUCUACCUGUGUACGAGACGUACGACAAGCUUCGCACGAACCUGUUAAAAGCCAUCCACGAAUGUAGCGAAGGGUUCGGUUUCGCCUAAAUCUUUUGCCGAGUUAAGCAAAAUUUGCAUGGUUUAAAAGCCACAAUAAAAAACAUCGCAGAGCGAAGACGCGAGAAGAUGAAAAGUGAAACAUCGGGAGAACGAUUGAAACGUCGAUUAAAAAUUGUAUAAGUAUCGAUCGGGGUCUUCGCUCAAGAUCUAGUAUAUAUGAAUUUUUACUCCGCUGUAUACAUAUUAAAAGUAAAAAACGUAUGUAUAUACGUAAAAUUAACGAUGUAAUUACCGAUGAUUCGUCGCUAGAGUUUAUUUUGUUGAACAGAUCAUUGAGAACGAAAAAAUAUGGGAAACGCAGAGCUUAACAUUAAUUCCCGUUGGAUGGUGGAAAGGGAGGAAAAAUAGUAAAAAAAAAAGAUUGAAAUUGGAUACUUUAGUUAAGGAACUUAACGGUUAAGAGAUAACAGAUAAGGAUUCAGUAAUUCAUCGUUAAAAGGAGGGAUCGCAGCGGGCUGGAUAUAUUGUAAUAUAUAAUGAUUGUGACCCGAAGCCGCUCUUCUCUAUGAACGGAUUCGGAUACCACCACUCCCUACUUGGUACGGGAUGAGAACGGAAGACGAAUUGUUGCCGUGACGAGAAAGCAAAUAGCGAUGUAGACACGUGUGCCUGUAUCGCGAGUACAUGUUUAUUUCCUUGUAUCAUCUCUUACGGAAGAAAGUCCGCGGAGAGCUAAUAACGAAACAUCUGGAUAGGGAGGAGACGUGUUGUAUGCGAACGCGCGAAUGUAUGUGUACGUGCUGUGUGUGAGUGCGAAACAGAGAAUAAUUAUUAUUCAAGAAACCGAUUAGACACGAGCCUAAAUACGAGAAAAACAGAACGUUUCAUGAUGUUAUAUCCUUAAUGCCCGCAAGAAAAAAAAAUGUAUGGUUGUACACUAUUAGUAUUAAUAAUUAUAUUACCUAAUUCUUAAUCGGUAGUAGUAAUCAUUAAUUAUUAUCGUUUUAAUAUUAAUCAUUUGAGAAAUGUGAUGUUAAAAUGGAAGUCAUGUAAUGUUUUCUCCUCUUUCUUUUUUCGACCUGUACCAUCUGCCCUCUCACCCGCCCAUGCAUAUAGAGCAAAAUCACGCCCACGCCACCGUCGACCACAACACCCCGCCUCCCCCAAAUUCUCCGAUCUUUGAGCGAUCCGUAUCCCCGGACCACAUCCUCCAUCGAUUUCAAUCUCCGAGAGACGCUUCUACUCCGGGGAAACGUAACGGCGAGGCAAACCGCGACCGAACGGAUGUUAAUUUUUGUAAACACAUCGAAUGGGACAAUAUAACGUUGAGAAAAAGCAUAGAUCCAUCGGACUCUUUUUCGCGGUAUAUCGUUAGGGAGUUAUGGCUUAGAAAUUCGCAAAAUAAACUAAAUGUUGUAUUUCUUAUAAAAAGCA